UGAAGUUCACUCUUCUAGAAUCUUCUAGAAGAGUGCUGGGGCCCAAGUUUUGAGGCCAGGCAGCAAUGAUGUUCACUCCAGGAGCAAGAUUGGAUUUGAGGAACAUAUAUCUCGAUGGACACAAUAACUGGAUUUUUACUGGCUGGAGUAGGCAAUGUGGAUUUGCGGAGAAAGACAAAUUACCUAAUUGUGGACUCAAAAACAACUGUUAAGCAAAUUGAAGAAGCAUUCAAGGAGUUUACAACAAGAGAAGACGUUGCAAUAGUGAUGAUCAACCAAUAUGUUGCAAACAUGAUAAAGUUUUUAGUAGAUAGCUACAACAAUCCAAUUCCAGCAAUUUUGGAGAUUCCUUCCAAGGACCAUCCUUACGAUCCAACACAUGAUUCUGUUCUUUCAAGAGUGAAAUGCUAGUUGAUGAUAUUGGUGAUGUAACAAUUACUAAUGAUGGUGCUAUAAUACUCAAGAUGUUAUAUGUUGAGCAUCCUGCUGCAAAGGUGGAAGAAUAAAGCAUCCAUUUGGCUGAGGUUCAAGAUCGAGAAGUUGGAAAUGGGACAACUUCUGUGGUUAUUAUAUCAGUCAAGUGAUCCAGCAGAUAAUGAUGCAUGGAAAGAUAGUGACCGAGAAGCUUGACACUAUUUUUUUUUUUUCCUAGCCCAGUUGAAUGGCUCUGAAGAACAUUAAGAGUUUCAAGCAUAAGAAAUGACAGAAAAAAAUUAGAAAUUCACUUGGUUGAGUUUAUUUUUUAGUUUCUUGAUGAUAGAAUUUACUUGGAUUUAAUUUGUUCAAUGUAGUCAGAUUUUUGGAAAGAUCAUAAAUCAUAACGAUGCACUAUUUAUAAA